AUGGCAAAAAAAAUUUUUAAAAAAACUAAAACACAUUUAAAUAUAGGAACUAUCGGACAUGUAGAUCAUGGAAAAACUACAUUAACUGCAGCAAUUACAUCUUAUUUAUCUAAAAUAAAUAAUACAAAAGCAAAAAGUUAUUCAGAAAUUGACUCUGCUCCUGAAGAAAAAGCUAGGGGAAUUACAAUUAAUACUUCUCAUGUAGAAUAUGAAACUUCUUUACGUCAUUUUGCUCAUAUUGAUUGUCCAGGUCAUGCAGAUUAUAUUAAAAAUAUGAUUACAGGUGCCGCACAAAUGGACGGUGCUAUUUUAGUUGUAUCUGCUACAGACGGACCUAUGCCUCAAACUCGUGAACAUUUAUUAUUAGCUAAACAAGUAGGAGUGCCUAGUAUAAUUGUAUUUUUAAAUAAAGUAGAUAUGGUAGAAGAUAAUGAAUUAUUAGAAUUAGUUGAAUUAGAAAUAAGAGAAUUAUUAGAUACUUAUGAAUUUAAUGGAAAUUCUGUUAAAAUUAUACAAGGAUCUGCUUUAAAAGCUUUAGAAGCUAUAAAUAAAAAUAAUUUAAAUGAUAAAUGGGUAAAUAAUUUAAAAGAAUUAAUAGAUGCUUUAGAUAUAUCAAUUAUAGAGCCUACACGAGACCUAAAUAAACCAUUUUUAUUACCUAUAGAAGAUAUUUUUUCAAUUACAGGACGAGGUACUGUAGUUACAGGUAAAAUAGAACGAGGAAGUAUAAAAAUUAAUGAUACUGUAAAUAUAUUAGGAUUUAAUGUAUCAAAGAUAGCUACUGUAAUUGGAAUAGAAAUGUUUCAAAAAACAUUAACUAUAGCAGAGGCAGGAGAUAAUGUAGGUAUUUUAUUAAGAGGUAUUCAAAAAGAAGAAGUAAGACGUGGGAUGGUAUUAGCUCUCCCCUCAAGUAUUUUAACUUAUUGUAACUUUGAAGCAGAUAUAUAUAUACUUUCUGCGUCAGAAGGAGGUAGAAAAACACCAUUUUUUGAAGGAUAUAAACCACAAUUUUAUUUUUAUACAACAGAUGUUACUGGAACAAUUAAAUUUAUAGAAAGUCCUAAUAAAGAAAAACCAGCUAUGAUUUUACCGGGAGAUAAAAUUAAAUUAAAAGUAACUUUAAUGUAUUCAAUUGCAUUAGAAAAAGGAAUGAGAUUUGCUAUAAGAGAAGGUGGGAAAACUAUAGGAGCAGGUAUUAUUACUAAUUUAAUAAAUUAA